AAGGGUAUUUAGAAGUGCUAUUACAACUAAUAAGCAUAAAAUUAUCUGCUUAGUUUCAUAAUUAUUUUAUAAUUUAUAUAUGAAUAAAAAAUACAAGUUCAAGUCCUAUAACUCAUUCCUAAAAUAAAUUCUUAUACAGAUAAGUGUGUGUUUGAUUUUUCAAUUUUGAUGAAAAAUACUUACACAUUUUUGUUAUAUUUUGGGAUUUGGUUAUUCAGUUUGUGUUCUAGUUGUUUUAAAUUAGAUAUUGAUCAAAUAAGCAAAUAUCGCAAAGGAGGAAUUGAGAUCAAUGUUUACAGGGAUGAUUCUGGUAAUUUUUACAAGCAUAAACCUAGUAAACCUUUUUUGUUAAAGGAAUUAUACUAUGAUGAUGAUGUAAUAUAUUUUGAUCCUUUACUAACUAGCGACCAACUUUUAAUUUCUGCCUCAGUUCUUUGGGUGUUGGAUAAUCCAACUGUGAUACACUUAAAUCUGGAAAAGUCAUCAGUUAUACUAUUAAAUGAAAGUAAUUCAUCGCUAUCUGUUGAGGCAAUAUUCUCGGAGAAAACUAUUUCCAAUAUAAAUCAUAAGUCACAUCCAGACUCUGAUAAGCUUGUUGAUGUUGACAUACAACAAACUCGAGACUACGACAGUAAUUCAUUGAAUGUUUCUGUUAACCAACUUCAUUUAUCAGGGAAUGGUCUAGAAAAAUUCGUAUUAAGAUACUACGAUCUUAGUUCAUACAGAUUAAAUAAUCUUAGAAACGGACCUCAAAAUCGUUUUGGCUUUGGAGGUCUUACAACCCGUGUAAUAGAGGACGCUGUUCCAGGAAAUUAUGAAAAUAAUAAAAACUAUUACCCCUUAAAUAUACCUAACAAGGAGCAGCUUUAUGGAGUAUGCCUGUAUAGUUAUAAUAACUCCCCAUUAGUGGUGGAAUUAGUUUAUACCUAUAAUAAAAGACUGUAUAUUGCUUUUACACAUCAAAAAAGGUAUCACAGAGUACUUAUGCCAACCAUAAAUGAACCAUAUUAUAGAGAAAAUCUAUUUAACAGACUCAACUAUUAUGCUUGUAUGAAUGGAUUUAAGUAUAUAGUUGAUAUUAUGAGGACUUCAGAUAGAGAAGAUGACUUAUAUAGUAUUGACAAUUAUUGCAUUGGGCCCAAUGAAUAAAUCAGAUUUAGUUUUAAAAAUUGACUGUAAAAGUUUUACAAAGGUUGAUUUUAUCGGAAACUGCUCAAAAUUUUACCAAAAUAAACAAUUUGUUUGGGUAAAUAAAGACAGGUUGGCAUACCCAAUUAGUUUGAUUUAUAAAAAACAUACAAACAUGUUCAAUCUCAUUUUUUGUGAUAAAAUUUUAUCAUUUAAGCCUUACUUUCAAAAGUGGAUGAUGAAGGUUUUUUUUAUUCCAAGUUUUCUCAGUUUCUAUACUGAAGACGAAGGAGGAAAUGAUAUUAAGCUCAGUCCCGAGCAAUAUGAUGUUGAACUUUGUGUCAAUUAUAUAUUUAAAUAUGUUUUCAGGAAAAAAACAAACUGUACAAUGGUUAUGGUAUAUGAUGAAAUAGUCUAUAAAAGACACCCAAAUGAAGGUCAUAUAAAAUUUAUAACUUAUGCAACUCAGUAUAAUAUGGUUAGAGUGUUUUUUUAUACAAAAGUGUUAGAUUGUAUAAAGAAUAAUGGAAUGUGGAUGUGUGUUAUAAGUAAAGGUAAAAAAUACUAGAAUUAAGUUCCCACUAUUUUAUGUUUAAUGACUGUAAAUUUUUUAAUAAUUUCUUCUAAAUAUAUUCUGAAAACAUAUUGUUUAAUUCUAACGAAAAUUAUUUUAAUUUAAUGGCUGCUGACAAAUAUAUACUAAAUUGAAUUAUUUAUUUUAUUCAUUUACAAAUAUUAUUUGAAGAGACAUCCAUUUGAUUCAUUAAUAUAAUUAAUUUUUCUAUAAAAAACAAUCUAAUAUGU